GCGAGCUAACCCUAGCCGAUCCCUAGGACAGGAGACAGCGCUCACGCUCGAUCCCAUGCUCGCUCGGUCCCCUGUCGCCGAGUUGUGCCGCCCUGAAGCCCCUCAUGUCGUCCUCGCGCCGGAGCCCUCCUCCUCGCGGCCAUGGCGUCCACUCGACUGUGCGGCGGCCCCUCAACUGGAUCUUCCCCGCCGUACCCGGCCGCCCGCCGCUGCUCCCGGUGGUCCAGCGAGCCUUCCCACGCCGUCGUCGCCAGAGCCGUGGCUGCUCCGCGGCUCCCUUGGCCGCGCCCGGUCGGCGCCUACCGGCGCGCGCUCGCCCAAGUCGCCGACACCGCCACUGCCGCGCCACCUUGCCGCUGCUAUGGUGCCACGUCGGCCUCCCCGAGCUUCUCCUCGAACCCCCGUAACCCCGAGACUGCCGACGACCCCCAGUUCGACUACGGUGUUGACGACAUGUCCUUCUUGCCAGAGCAGCCAGGCAAGCCCUCCUUUGAUCACCAGAUAUCUUAG